AUGGUCUUAGUCGACUAUAAGAAAGCCUUUGAUAUGGUUGAUCACUGUAUCCUGCUUGAUAAACUUGGAGCAUACCAUCUUGAUCAGAGCUCGCUUGAUUGGUUUAAAUCCUAUCUAUCAGACCGUAAACAAUAUGUUAACUUCAAACGCCAGUCUUCUACAACAAAAGUAAUCACGGACGGAGUACCACAGGGUUCUAUCCUUGGGCCUCUAUUGUUUCUCGUUUUUAUCAACGAUUUGCCUCUACAUAUCAACACCCAAGUAGAUUUAUUCGCUGAUGACACUACCUUACUCGCUGCCACUGAUUAUAAUGAUAUUAAUGAACUUAAUGAGAAAUUAUCUCUGGAAGUCUCUAACGUUCAAAACUGGGCCAUUACCAAUAAACUGCCUCUCAAUACCACUAAGACCAAAACAUUCUGA